AUGACUGAUCGCAUAAGUCUAGCUGACGACAAGAACCUCACAGAUGAUAAAGCCCUCACUGAUGAUAAAAGCCUAAUUGAGGACAAGAGCCUCACUGCUUAUAUGAGCGUCAUUACUGAAAAGAACCUUACUGAAAAAAACAUUCUCACUGGUCGCAAGAGCUGUGCUGACGACAAAAACCUCACUGCUGACAACAAGCUAAAUGCUGAAAAGAGCCUUACCUCUGACAAGAGUCUCACUGAUGACCAGAACCCAAUUUAUAACAAGAGACUUCAUGACCACGUUGGCCUUUUCUGCGACAACAGCCUCACUGAUGACAAAAGCUUUACUACUGACAAGAGUCUCAUUGAUGAUAAAAGUAUCAUUGAGUAUGAGAACCUCACUGCUGAAAUGAGCCGUACUGCUUACAAUAGGCUCACUGAUAGCCUCACUUAUGACAAGAGACUCACUGAUGACACGAGCCUCAAUGAUGACAAGAGCCUCACUGAUGACAAGAGACUCGCUGAUGAUAAGAGCCUCACUGAUGACAAGAGCCUCACUGAUGCCAAGAGCCGCACUGAUGCCAAUAGCCGCACUGAUUCCAAUAGCCGCACUGGUGCCAAAAGAUGCACUGAUUCCAAUAGCAGCACUGAUGCCAAGAGACGCACUGAUGCCAAGAGCCGCACUGAUGCCAAGAGCCGCACUGAUGCCAAGAGCCGCACUGAUUCCAAUAGCAGCACUGAUGCCAAGAGCGGCACUGAUUCCAAUAGCAGCACUGAUGCCAAGAGUCGCACUGAUGCCAAGUGCGGCACUGAUGCCAAGAGCGGCACUGGUGCCAAGAGCGGCACUGGUGCCCAGAGCGGCACUGGUGCCAAGAGCGGCACUGAUUCCAAGAGCGGCACUGAUGCCAAGAGCGGCACUGAUGCAAGGAGCCGCACUGAUGCUAAGAGCCGCACUGAUGACAAGAGCGGCACUGAUGACAAGAGCGGCACUGAUUCAAAUAGCAGCACUGGUGCCAAGAGCCACACUGAUGCCAAUAGACACACUGAUGCCAAGAGACACACUGAUGCCAAGAGUCUCACUGAUGUCAAGAGCCACACUGACAACUAG